UAGGCAAUAAUUUCUCCUCUAGCCCUUGCCUGUCGUCUCAUCGUCGUAUACCGAAGCCGGCGAAAGCGAUCACAGCAAUGACAAAUUCCGACGGAGAGCCCCUGAGAAAUCACUCUGCCGACGGUUGGAAAGAACGCAUCAUUGUCCCAACUAUAAUCGCAGGGGCGGUAGGUGCAGCAGCCGGACUGGUAUCCAAGAACAGAAUGAGUCUUGGAGCCGUUAACGUGUCCGCAGCUUAUGCCUCCAACAUGGCCAUUGUUGCCGCAUGCUAUUGUGGAGCACGUGAAGUUGCAAGAGAUGCUCGCAAAUCAGAACCAGAUGAUCUAAUUAAUUCAGCAGUUGGGGGAUUUACCAGUGGAGCUCUUCUUGGGCGGCUUCAAGGUGGCCAGUUUGGAGCAAUCCGUUAUUCUGUGAUAUUUGCAGUCGUUGGGACGGCUUUUGACUUUACUACACUGAAGCUAACGCCUAUCUUGCAGCACUUCAUAAGGACCGCAUCUGAAGUGAAAUCCCAGAAAAAUGAUGGCAGCAGCUCAAGCUGGUGGAGAAUACCUGAGUGGUCUCCAAUUCAGAUAUUGGACGAAGAGGCUUUGGCUGCAAAGCGAGCUCGUGAGCAAAAAAUUUAUGCUCAGAGAGUGCUAAGCAAACUAGAAGAAGAAUCUUAAGUUCUGGAAGUGCCUUUGCAAAUCUCCUGACUUUCUUUUCAGCCUACUAGUUGCAGGUGGCAUAAGAUUUUCGAUUGGUUCCUGUUAUUAUAACCGACCUUUCAUGAUUCUUGGCAAAAGGAAAGGUCAAAUUCUAUCCAUAAAAAAAAUCAUCAAAAUCUUGCAAGAUUUGGGAGAUCACAUAAGGAGAUAAACUGUUAAAAUUUGAAUAUACAUUAGUAUAUAAUUUUGUAUAAUGAGCUUGCCUUUGUUGUGGACUUAAACAUGUAUAGUAAUAUAGGUGAUACCAAGGAUUUUCUGGCAUGUUAAAUUUUUUUUUUUCU